AUGGUCCUGCACAGCGUUGAAGAACUGGUGACCGGUAAGAGGUCAGAGGUCAAAGAGGCCGCCAAUUUCCAAGGCGGCGAGUUUGAGUCGACCAUCGUUGAGGAGAAGCAGGAUGAGCAGCACAAAGGAGCGCUGGUGGAGGAGAGCGACAGUGGCAGCGAGCAGGAGGAAGUCAGCGUGGCGGCUCUCAAUACUGAUAAAAGCGGCAGGCUGAAGCUGGAGACCGUCGACGACCUGUUCAACAUCCUGCAGCUGAGGAAGAGGAGGAGGGAGAGGAAGGCUCCCAUCCACAAGAGGAAACAGCCAGAGCCUGAGAUCGUGCCAGAGUAUGUGGAUGAGAAGCUGUUUCUGACGGCAGCCAUGGAGAACAAAAUGCCCGUGGUGGAGAAGUACCUGUCUGACGGAGGAAACCCCAACGCUGCCGACCACUUCCAGAGAACAGCGCUGCACAAAGCCUCGUUCAAAGGACACGUGGAGGUGAUGAAGAGGCUGCUGGAGGCUGGAGCCGUCAUCGAGAAAAAAGACAAGCUGGAGGCCACAGCGGUCCACUGGGCCUGCAGAGGAGGCAGCCUGCCGGCCCUGCAGCUCCUCCUCGACCAGGGAGCCAAAUACACCUCCAGAGACAAGUUGCGCAGCACUCCUCUCCAUGUGGCUGUGAGGACAGGACACCACGAGUGUGCUGAGCAUCUCAUUCACUGUGGAGCGGACGUCAACGCCAAAGACAGAGACGGAGACACACCCAUGCAUGAUGCUGUGAGAAUAAACAGAUUCAAGAUGAUCAAACUGCUGAUGAUGUACGGAGCCAGUCUCCAAAACCAAGAACUGUGAUGGAAAAACUCCAAUGGAGACGCUGAAUUCGUGGCAGAGCGGAGCCAAGAGCCUCCUGUGUAACUUCAGCCAGUAGAAAAA